AUGAGCUUUCUCAAGAGGGACAAAUCCAAGAGUAGCAUAUAUUCUGCUGGCCAGAAAUACUACGAAGAACCCUUGUCACCAACAGCGGAAUUGGCCGCAAAUGAGGCAUUUUACGAACCUAGAUCAGUCAGUUCCAGUAGUGUCAAUCCAGUAACCACCAAUGGCGACGACAAGGUUCAAGACCCAAAUGACGAUUACCAUAUAGUCAAUGUGCGACUGGAAGAUGGCACCGAAUACUCUCCACGAUCGUCCAUAGUGUCCUUUGCAGCAACUCCUUUCCACAAUGCAGCCAAUAACUUGAAGGAUAAUUAUAAAGGGUUCCAUGCCAACCGGAGAGGCAAAAGCAUCAACAAUGUGCCGCCAUUGUUACACCCAAUUAAACCCAAAUUCAAAAAGAAGAGCAGUUCUUUAUUCAACAAACUCAUAAAUUCAAGAAAAGACGGCACCGAGGAUGAGGAUACAGAAAGUCCCCGAAAGGAGAGGUAUAUGUCGACAUCGUCUGAAGCAUCAAUGUCUCCACCACACUCAAACGCAUCAUCAAGGGCAAAUUCAAUCACCAUUGACGAUCCUACCUUACAGCCUCUAACAAAUCUACAUCCACAUCUGCACCUGCAACUGUACCUGCACCUGCACCUGCAACUGGACCAAGGACAAGGACAAGGGCAAGGACAAGAACAUGCAAAUCAGCAAAAUCAACGCAAGAGCAACUCGUCAGCUUCGUCUUCUCAUUCAAGACACAAGGUAAAGAUCCCCCUAUUUGGAGAAUACCACCCACAUCACCCAUCAACUAUCCUGCCAUACCUGUUGCAAAUGACACAAUCUGACUACAAGUCACAAGGAAGAAAAGGUUCAGGUUCAGGCUCGGCAUCAGGAUCAGGUUCUGAAGGUCCUUCUCGUCUGCCUGGUAAGCUGCAACGUGAACCAUCAUACACAUCUAUUCCUUCUUCGACCGCAUCGGAAAAGUUGAUUUCGUUAGACUUGAACCUCGAUGAGAUACAGGAUAUUGUCAAGAGCGAAGAUACCGUAGCACCAAAGCAGAAUUGGAAAGCUCCAGACAGUUGGGAUGUUAAAGCACCAAGAAUCGAAGAAGAACCAAGGAUUCUGGAGGUGGAUGAAGCUUCCAGCAAAGAAAAUGAAAAUGAAGAUGAAGAGGAAGAUGGAAAUGAAAAUGAAAACCAAGAUGGAAAUGGAAAUGAAACUGGCAAAGGUGGAGGAGCUCGAAGCAGAGGUGGCAACAACAGCAACAACUACAACAAUAACCGUAAUGGUGGCGGGUCUUUUUCAAAGCCCGUGAUAAAAUCGUUGCCACUGCUUUAUGGAGCUAAAGAAGCAACACACGUAGUUAGCUCAAUUGAUCCAAGUCCCAGUCAUAUCAUUCGUAUAUUCAAGGAAGAUGGAACAUUCACUACUGUGCUUUGCCCCUUAGAAGCUACAACAUCUGAAUUGCUUACAAUUGUGCAGAAAAAAUUCUUUUUAGAGUCAGCAUCGAAUUGCCAACUAGCAGUGCACAUUGGUAACUGUGUCAAGGUGUUGGAAAGCUUUGAAAAGCCAAUGAAGAUACAAAUGGGACUCUUGCUAUUGAGUGGAUACACUGAUGAUGACAAUUUGCGAAUUAUAGGUCGAGGCGACCUCUCAUACGUGUGCAGGUUUGUUGUGGAAAAUAUUUACUUGCGAAACUUGACUCAUGAGGAGGAAAUCAAGUUGUCCAAGAACUAUGUCGAUGUCAAUAUAUCAUCACUCAACUUGAAAAAUAUACCAAUUAUAUUCCACCAACACACAUACGAGAUUGAAAAAUUAAACGUUUCGGAGAAUCCAUCAAUCUAUAUCCCAUUAGAUUUCAUCCAGUCGUGCACCAACUUGACUGUGAUUAAUUCGUCGCGCAAUGGGUUCUCGAAAUUUCCAAUAAACUUUUUGGAAGCCACGCAUUUGACGGAGCUUAAUCUUGAAAUGAACUUCUUGGACGACUUGCCUUCAAAGAUAAAUGCAUUGUCGAAUUUGACGCACUUGAAACUCAACCCAAAUCAGUUGACACUGGUUCCGAAAGCAUUUGGCCAACUUUCAAACCUCGUGUCUUUGAACUUGUCUUCGAAUUACUUCAAUAGGUAUCCAGAGCCAAUCAACAAUUUGGAAAAAUUAGUCGAGUUGGACUUGUCCUACAACGACUUGGCAUAUAUCCCCAACUCGAUUGCCAACCUCAAGAAUUUGCAGAAAUUGAAUUUGUGCACAAAUAAGCUUUCCAAAGCACUUCCAGACUGCUUCAAGUAUCUCCAAUCACUUAAAAGAUUGGAUGUGAGGUACAAUGAAAUCACCAAUGUCGAUGUAUUGGGCCAGUUGAGCUCAUUGGAAGUCUUGUAUGCCUCGAAAAACAACAUCUCUGGCUUCAAUGACCAAAUGGAAAACUUGAAACUUUUACACUUUGACAAAAAUCCAAUUACGGAACUCAGAUUUGUUAGCCCAUUGCAAAUGUUGAAUGUUUUGGACUUGUCCAAGGCAAAGAUUACCUCAAUUUCGUCUGAUUUUAUACAAAUGAUCCCCAACAUUGAAAAAGUCGUUCUUGAUAACAAUCACUUGGUAACAUUACCAAGUGAAAUUGGCCAGCUCAAGAAAUUAACACAUCUUUCUAUAUUUUCAAACAAUUUGCAAACUAUUCCCAAUACCAUUGGAGACCUUGUACAUUUGCAACACUUGGAUCUUCAUUCAAACAAUAUUCAAAGCUUGCCCCUGGAAAUCUGGAGCUUAACCUCAUUAACAAUGUUGAAUGUAUCGAGUAAUAACCUUACUGCUAUACCCAAGCCACCUUUCUCCAUUGCCAAGAGAAUAUCUACUCCAUCAGAGAACCCAAAUGAAAUGCCGGUUUCUUCUGGCUCGUUAGCUGAUAGUUUGUCAGUAUUGAUUGCUGCUGAUAACAGAUUGAACGAUGAUUGUUUUGAGUCUAUCUCUUAUUUGGUCAAGUUGACUUCACUCAAUCUUUCCUACAAUGAUCUUAUUGAAAUCCCAGAAGGUUCACUAGCACCAUUAACACAGCUCAAGGACAUUUACUUAUCAGGCAAUGAGAUUUCAACAGUCCCCGAUGAGUUGAGCCAGAUCAAGGCCUUGAAAUUGUUGUACAUCAAUAAUAACAAAUUGGUUACUUUGCCUACAAAGUUGAGCGAACUCACAAACUUGACGUAUUUUGAUGGAGGAUCCAACCAACUUUACUACAAUAUUUCGAAUUUCCUUUAUGAUUGGAACUGGAAUUUCAACAAGAAACUCAAAUAUCUCAAUUUGAGUGGUAAUAGACGAUUCCACAUCAAGGAUAUCAAAAACACGCAAAAUGAAGAGAUGAAUGGCUUUUUGGGGUUGAAAGAAUUAUUAGUUCUUGGCUUGAUUGAUGUGACACUAACAACCACCUCACUUCCAGAACAAUCUGUAGAUAAGCGUGUGCGCACAACGGGUUCAGAAAUUGACACAAUAGGAUACGGUGUAUCAGAUACUAUUGGAUCAAGAGAUUGUAUAUCAAACAGAGACUUGUUUAUCCAGAAAUUUAGGGGUAAUGAAAAAGAGUUGCUCAUUUGUUCAUUUGAAGGAAAGCAAGGCAAACCGGGACAGGGCCAUAGGAUCUCAUCGAUAGUCAAGAACAUGAUUGCACAAAACUUAACUGAUGAGUUGGCAAGAGUAAAUGACGAAGACGACAAGGUGCAUAUAGCAUUGAGAAGAGCAUUUCUCAACUUUAACAAGGAGAUUAAUGGCACGCUUUGGGCUAAAAAGAAUAAUGUAUUUACGCCGACUGCGGGACAGUCGAUGGAGUCUUGUACCUUGAACAUGGCGGAUGAUUCAAGAGCAGGUUGUGCUGCCACAGUGAUUUAUAUCAGAGACAAGAAACUUUAUAGUGCCAAUAUUGGAGAUAUAGAAGCGCUUCUUUGUCAAAACAAUGGUAACUUUAAAGUGUUGACGAAUUCACACAAGCCAACAAACCGUCAAGAAUUUGAGCGAAUUAGAGCAGCUGGCGGGUACGUUUCUGGUAGUGGAGAUUUGGAUGGCACAUUGGCGAUAUCACGUGGUGCAGGAUUCUUUUCAUAUCUUCCACAUACCCAUUCAGGUCCCGAUGUCAAUGAACUUACAUUGACUCCUGCUGAUGAUUUAUUGAUUAUUGCAACCAAGACUCUAUGGGAAUAUCUCACAUACGAAUUUGCUGUUGAUAUCAUUAGACAGGAUAAGCACAAUCCAAUGGUUGCAGCGCAGAAAUUGCGUGACUUUGCCAUCAGUUAUGGUGCUUCAGACAAGAUUACUGUUAUUGUGUUGACAUUCGGCGAAAAGUCCAAAGAGAGUUCGUUAUACAAAAAUGUUGGAAGAGAAGCUGAGUUUUUCGCCAAGAGAAGAAGAGAUCGACAAAUUGGCGGAGAUUCAAGUCUUCGUAAAUUGGAGAAUGAGAUUGAACCUCCAGUGGGCGAGCUUGCGUUGGUAUUUACCGAUAUUAAAAACUCGACAUUACUCUGGGACACGUACCCUGCUUCGAUGAGAUCUGCUAUCAAGACGCAUAAUUCAGUAAUGAGACGCCAGCUAAGAAUUAUUGGUGGGUACGAAGUGAAAACAGAAGGUGAUGCCUUUAUGGUUGCUUUCCCUUCGCCAACAUCUGCAUUACUAUGGUGUUUUAACGUUCAGCAGAAUUUAAUCACUGCUGAUUGGCCGACUGAGAUUCUUGAUACUGACCAAUGUUGCGAAGUAACUGACGGUAAAGGCAAUGUCAUCUAUCGAGGAUUAUCGGUGAGGAUGGGUAUACACUGGGGUACUCCAGUGUGUGAACCAGAUAUCGUCACCGGCAGAAUGGACUAUUUUGGUCCCAUGGUGAAUCGAGCCUCCAGAGUCAGUGCUAUUGCAGAUGGUGGUCAAAUUGCAGUGAGUUCCGAUUUCCUUGAUGAGAUGAGAGCAUUAACCGCAAUACACGAUGACAUCAAGAGCAAUCUCAAGACAAUAAGUGAUGCGUACCAUGGAAACGUUAGUGCCGGAAGAAUCAUUGAGAGAGAACUAACGGCGAUUGAAGAUCAUGGCUGUAAUUUCUACAAGAUUGGCGAGAGGAAAUUGAAAGGAUUGGAAACACCCGAGAUGAUCACAUUGGUGUACACUAGUAGAUUGAAGCUUCGAUUUGAGAUUUUCCAAAAGAGAUUAGAUGUGGAUGAGAACCACAGCACAAGAGUCAUAGGUACUUUGCCUGUCAACUGCAUAACUGCGAUAACUGAUAUCUCUGCAAGAUUAGAGAAUGUUUUGUCAUCGUUGAAUGAAGGGACAUAUAUCAAGGAUGGGUUCAAAGGUCCCAAAGUCAAGACGCAGGACGUAUCUGUAAAGGACCUUUUGAAUGCAGUCACUAGAAUCGAGAACUCGGUUGCAACAUUGUUAUUGAGACAAAAAUUGAAUGGUUCGAAACCGGGCUUUAGUACUGAGCCAUUGAACCAUCUUAUGACCCAGUUGGUGGAUAUAAUAGAUAAUGUCCAGCAAGAAAGUAAAUAA